UUCAGGGAGAGAGACCAUUAAUGGAGACUCAAAGCACUUCCCAUGAGCAGCUAGUUGUGUUGUUUGUGAUUUUCUUCUUCACCUUCAGUUCCACACGGUGCUUCAUUGAAGUUGAAUCCCAUCCUCUGCCUGAAAAUCAUGCUGCUUUCUUCAUCUUUGGGGACUCUUUCUUGGAUGCUGGCAACAAUAAUUACAUUAACACCACAACUCUCGACCAAGCUAACUUCUGGCCCUACGGCCAAACCCACUUCCGAUACCCCACUGGAAGAUUUUCCGACGGUCGUUUGGUGUCUGACUUUAUAGCUGAAUUUGCCAAGCUGCCAUUGAUCCCACCUUUUCUUCAACCGGGGUUUCAUCAAUAUCAUAAUGGAGUGAACUUUGCUUCGGCUGGAGCAGGUGCUUUAUCCGAGACUUUUCAUGGGUCGGUGAUCGAGCUCAAAGCACAGAUUAAGUACUUUAAGGAGGUAGAGACUUGGCUAAAACGGAAGUUGUGGAAAGCAGAAGGUGGGCUGAUACUGUCAAAAGCUGUGUAUUUGUUCAGUAUCGGUACCAACGAUUACAUGAGCCUCUUCUUAACCAAUUCCCCUUUCCUCAAAUCCCAUUCCAUAUCUGAAUAUGUUGAGUUGGUGAUUGGUAACUUGACAACUUCCAUCAAACAAGUACACGAUAGUGGGGGCAGGAAAUUCGGGUUCAUGAACUUGCCACCGAUGGGCUGCAGUCCAGGGCUGAGAGUAGCCGGAGGAGAUGCAGAUGGGAGGUGUUUGGAAGAGUUUGGGGCGUAUGCAAACGAACACAACCAGAGAUUAGUGAAGCUUCUUCAAGACUUGGAGAAGCAGCUCAAGGGGUUCAAAUAUUCACUCUACGACUUCAGCAGCAGCCUGAGGCAGAGAAUGGAGAAUCCAUUGAAAUAUGGGUUGAAGGAAGGGAGAGAGGCAUGCUGCGGGACAGGGAGAUUUCGAGGAGUGUUCAGCUGUGGAGGAAGAAGAAGAGUGAAGGAGUUUGAAUCGUGUAGGAACCCAAAUGAGUAUGUGUUUUGGGAUUCUUACCAUCUCACUGAAAGCCUCCACAAAGAGCUUGCUCGUGAAAUGUGGAGUGGUUCUUUCAAUUCCCAUUCUUCUCUCAAGUAUCUCUUUCAAACCACUUGACAACGCUGUGAGGAUUAAUCAUAUCGAAUCAUUUGUCAUGCUUUUUCUUUUCAAUUCGCCAUUUUCUGAUGAAAUGAGUUAAUAAUUUCAAUC